CUGUCACAUGUCAAUUUUGUCAAAUUCAAAUAUGAAAAGUUCGCAUUUAGAUUUUUUAUUGUAUUAAAAAUGAAUAAAAUUUAGUAAUAUUUACAUUUAAUUAGAAAUGAAGGCAAGUAGUACACUUCAAAAUAUAUGUAGGCCUAAUUUAAAAUUAGAUUUUUAUAUAAAAUGUGAAAUGAAUUCCAAGACUUGAUCGAGUAUUUAAGCAAGAAACUCUAUAAAUAAAACUCAAUAUUAGUAAGGUAGCUAACAUGGUAGGUUAUACGAAGAAGUAUGAAAAUUUUAGUAGCACCGAUUACGUGUUAGCUGGUGCUAGUUCUGGAUUUAUAACAAGGGCGCUGUGCCAACCCCUUGAUGUUUUAAAAAUAAGAUUUCAACUUCAAGUAGAACCUAUAGAUCGUCUAGCAGCAUCUAAAUACCAGUCCUUAUUUCAAGCUCUCAGGAUUAUUUUACGGGAAGAAGGUGUAAAAGCUCUAUGGAAAGGACAUGUACCUGCACAAUGGUUAUCUAUUAUUUAUGGUAUGGUCCAAUUUAGUACCUAUGAGUACCUUGACAAGCAGGUUCAUUUAUUAGAAGUGAAUAAUCCUAGGUACUCAUAUUUUCUUAAUUUUGCUUGUGGCACUGUGUCAGGAUGUGCCGCAACUGUAAUUUCUUUUCCAUUCGAUGUUACAAGAACACGUUUAGUAGCCCAAUCUGAACAAAAAAUGAUAUACAAAGGAACGAUACACUCCUGGCAGAACAUAUUACAAAAAGAAAGGCCCCUUACUUUAUUCAGAGGCCUCCUACCUACCUUCUUGCAGGUGGGUCCCCAUGCAGGCGCUCAAUUUGCCUGCUACAAGUUAUUCAACGAUUUACACAAGAUAGUUUUUAAAAAUGAAGAGACGACUUUUUCUAGUAGUUUCGUGUCUGGUAGUCUAGCUGGCCUGUGUGCAAAAACCGCUAUAUAUCCGUUUGAUUUGGUGAAAAAGAGGAUGCAGAUACAAGGCUUCGAAGAGGGGAGGAAGAUUUUUGGAAAGCUGUUUUACUGUAAAGGGAUGCUCGAUGCUUUAAAAAGGAUUUAUCUAGGAGAAGGAGCCUCAGGAUUUUUUAAGGGUUUGUCACCUAGUCUUGUUAAAGCUGUUGUUACCACUGGGAUGUACUUUAGUACUUAUGAGAUGUCUUGUGAGUUAAUAAAUGAUUUAAAAUAGAACAAAUGUAUUCUAAACCCAGUUAGAAUAUCAGUAUUUCUUAGGAAAUUAAAUAUGUAUGAACAUGUGGAUAUCUGUGAAUCUGAUUAUUUAUAGCUUUAGCUUUAUAGCUUUAACUGCUGAUUAUGUGUAUUAAAUAUACAGAAGGCGA